UGCCAGUCUCCUCCCCUUUCCUUAAGUUACAGUGAUAGUAAAUUGCUGUAUGCCAGCGCACAUGCAGAUUGUCAGUGUUUCCUGCCUCCCACUCGCCCAGCUCUGCAGCUCCGAUAUUUGCUGGGAAACCACUACCUGAUCUGCCGCCAUCGUCUCCUUGGGGCACCGGAGGUCUGAAAAGGUUUCUCCAGUACCUCCCACGGAAAAGAGUCUUCCACUUCUCUCAAGGGAUACUGACAGAAGUUAAUUACAAAAGAAAACUUUCUGCAAGAUAGAUGACUAAAGGUAACGGAGAAGACCCAAAACUUGGAAGUAGGAUGGAACGCAUUCAACAAGGAGUCCGGAAACGUACACUUUUGGCAAAAAAAAAAGUGCAGAGCAUAACAAAGGAUGAUGUUAAAAGUUACUUAUUGAGGAAUGCCUUUGUGCUUUUCACGGUUGUUGCUGUGAUUCUUGGUGUAAUCCUUGGAUUUUCUCUCCGAUCAUACAAGAUGAGCUAUCGGGAAGUCAAGUACUUUUCAUUUCCAGGAGAAUUACUCAUGAGAAUGCUGCAAAUGUUGGUCCUGCCACUAAUUGUAUCCAGUUUAGUCACAGGAAUUGCUGCCCUGGAUAGUAAAGCAUCAGGGAAGAUGGGAAUCCGAGCAGUAGUCUACUACAUGAGUACUACCAUCAUUGCUGUACUGAUUGGUAUAAUCAUUGUGGUCAUCAUCCACCCUGGGAAAGGUACUAAAGAAAACAUGCACAGAGAAGGCAAAAUUGUGCAAGUGACAGCAGCAGAUGCCUUUCUUGAUUUAAUCAGAAACAUGUUCCCUCCAAAUCUGGUGGAAGCUUGCUUUAAACAGUUCAAAACUAACUAUGAAAAGAGAAUGUUUAAAGUAGGUAUUCCAUCCAAUGACACAUCCACAGUGGCUUCCAUAAUAAGCAAUGUGUCAGAAGCAAUGGAAACCCUCACCCAGAUGAAAGAGGAAAUAGUUCCCGUUCCAGGUUCUGUAAAUGGAGUGAAUGCCCUUGGCUUGGUGGUCUUCUCAAUAAGCUUUGGCCUGGUGAUCGGAAGCAUGAAGGAGCAAGGUCAGGCAUUAAAAGACUUCUUUGAUAGCCUCAAUGAGGCUAUCAUGCGAUUGGUAGCUCUAAUCAUGUGGUAUGCUCCACUUGGAAUCCUCUUUUUGAUUGCUGGAAAAAUUGUUGAGAUGGAAGAUAUGGGUGUGAUCGGUGGUCAGCUGGCCAUGUACACUGUAACAGUUAUCAUUGGUUUGCUAAUUCAUGCUGUCAUUGUCCUACCUCUUCUCUACUUCUUGAUCACCCGUAAGAACCCUUGGGUAUUUAUUGGAGGCUUAAUCCAGGCAUUAGUCACAGCUCUGGGAACAUCUUCAAGUUCUGCAACACUACCUGUUACAUUUAAGUGUCUAGAAGAAAUAAACGGAGUGGACAAACGAGUUACGAGAUUUGUACUCCCAGUUGGUGCUACAAUCAAUAUGGAUGGAACUGCUUUAUAUGAGGCUUUGGCUGCAAUUUUCAUUGCACAGGUUAACAACUUUGAUCUGAACUUUGGGCAGAUUAUCACAAUCAGCAUCACAGCUACAGCUGCCAGUAUUGGGGCUGCAGGCAUUCCUCAAGCUGGACUGGUCACCAUGGUCAUUGUGCUUACAUCAGUAGGUUUGCCUACAGAUGAUAUCACUCUUAUCAUUGCGGUGGACUGGUUCUUGGAUCGUCUCCGUACCACUACCAAUGUCUUGGGAGACUCCAUUGGAGCAGGAAUUGUUGAACAUUUAUCACGGCAUGAGCUGAAGAACAGGGAUGCUGAAAUGGGUAAUUCUGUGAUAGAGGAGAAUGAAAUGAAGAAACCAUACCAACUGAUCUCACAAGAAAAUGAGAGUGAGAAGCCAGUAGAUAGUGAAACCAAGAUGUAGGGUAGAGAAAGCAUGAGUCCAACAUUACAAGUGUGGAAAAUACACACUUUUCCCAGCCUUUUGUAUCUUAAAAUCACAGAGUUCAUUUAUUCCUUGAUUUCUCCCUUUAUAGUAGCACUGGAAAGAAUUAAUUAGCAGUGAUCGUGUUAUAUGUUGACUUCCCACUUAAAAAUAUUGACAGGCAACAACACUGGUCCUGCUAGACAUGUGCUAACUGGGGAUAAAAAAAGAGAGAUUUUCAAUAGAAUAAAAACAAAAUUCAGUGUAUAUGUUACUCAGUCCUGUGAAACUUUUUUUUAACAUGAACUGGAAAGUAAAAACAGACAACAGAGACCGAAACGGUUUUAUUUUUUUAAAUACUUGUUGCAAAAUUCCUAACAUCUAAACACACAAGCAAUACUUCUAACUUGGUAACUGCAUCCAGCUAAGUAAAUUUACAGGAUUUUUGCUUUUUUUAUCUGAUCUUUUUUUAUCUGAUUUUUUUCUCUAGUGUUAUAUCAUUGUUAAAAUAGUAACAAGACAAUAAAAAGAAGGACAUUAAUCGAAAGGAUAAAAAGAGGGAAGAUAUAUAAAUAAAAAAUAUACCCUAGAUGAGCUCUUUUAUCGGCUGAGUUGAAAUAUUUCUAAGAAAGUUAUUUUAUCUAGACACAGUUUUUCAUAUUAGCCUCAGCUGAUCUUGACAAAAACUUAGCCUAGUCAGCUCCCACUGGCUUGCAAACAUUUACAUAUAUGUAGGUACCUCCAGUCUGGAUUUUUCCCCUUAAUUUCAACACCACAACUCAGUUGAACAAUCUGUGUGUCUGUUCUUUAGAGCAAGGUCCUAGGCUGGGACCUCUGGGACAGAAAACAUCUCAUCUCAUUUUGGAAAAAAAAAACCUAUAGCAUACUCUGGAUACACUGGUUAUCUACUUAAUAAGCAAUAAUAGGAAUAGAAGGCAGUGCCAGCCUUCUGCAGAAGGUGCAGAAGGGUGAGAUGCUCAGAUCCUAAAGGGACUGGAUUCUAAAUCUGAACCCCUGAGACCAACAGGAGGUUUUCUGAUUGGAAACCUCCCAAAUGCUUGGUCAUCCCAUUGAUAAGUUAUCAGAGCUGUUAGCUGGAUUUACUUUUUUCCAUCUGAAGAAGGCUCCCUAUGUCAAUGUGAAAUUUUGAAAUCCUGGUGUUUAUCAGUAGCAUCUCAAAAAGAAAAAAUAACCCUUUAGAAAGCAAAACUAAUGGGUGCUUUUUUACUUUUUACUAGGAAAAAUAUAUAAAUUGCAAAAUAGUCAGUACUAUAAUAAACGUUGAAGUUUUAAUUAGAAAGGAUUUUAAAUCGCAAUAUUGUAGGUUUCUUUCAGGGAAAAGAUAAGAAAAGAAUGAAAAAAGGGAGACAAUGCACUUGUAAUCUUGUGGCAUUUUUUGUUAAUUUCAAGAUUAUUCCCUGAUGAAGCCCUUUUUUAGAAAUAUAAAUUAUGUAGUUUUUCCUUUUUGCCUUGUAUUAUUAUAAAGGUUAAAGUGGAAGGUUUUAUAAUGCAGUUACAGUUGGGGGAAUGAAAAAAUACUAAUCGACAGGCACGAUAGUGUUGAGUGAUCUUUUUUCUUAAAAUGUUCAGUUUUCUUCUUUCUCUCUCCCUCUACCAAAAAAUUCUGAUGAUGGAAAUGAAGGAUUCCCUUGCUAUGCCCCAGUUACCUCUCAAAAAACAUUCAAUAUGUUGUUUCUGUCACUAAAAGAACAUAAAUACUGUGUCCAAGUAACUGUAGUGAAAAUGUUAGCAUGCUGGGUGAAGGCAAAUCUUUUCCCAGGCAAGACUUCUUUUAGGACUGAAAACUCCUGCCCAUCUCCUCCAGCUGGGUAACCCAGACAGUAUGAGCAGGAACUCUCCAGUGAAUGAAGUGUGCAGGGUUUAACACAGAGCAUUGAGCAAUCAAACCAACAAAGCUCUAAACAGGUCUCUAAAAGAAAACAAAUGUGGUUUGGGGGUUUUUCUAACAAAAUGCCAAUCUAGGAUACAGACAGGCAUUUUCUGAUAUGUAUUUAGAGAUAUUUUUAUAUAGAUACUGUAUUCAGAAUGUGUGUAUAAACAUUAACUGUAGAAUUUAUGGCAUAACAAUUUAAUUUUUUGUUAAGAUUCUGUUUGGAAAUACAUUGCAAAGACAAUGUAAAUGGCUGUCUUUCUAUGACAUCAGCUGAGAAAAAUGAAUUGUGUCACAAAGAAUGUGAUCUUUUUUUAUACUAACUUUGUUCUUACAAAAAUCAGGUAUUAUAGAAAGAUUCCCUUCCCCAUCCCUCACUGGUACUGCAUUGUAUGCAUCCAGAGUGGAUUGUGAAACAUUACUUUGUAGAUGUAUUUUCAAUAAAAAUAGUUUUACAUUA